CUUGCUUCGCAGAAGUCGCUGCUGACUGGUGAAGCCAGAGAAGAAGACAAGAUAGGAUCUAGGAGAGCCUGCUUUUGUUUUUCCACCUGGUCCUUGCUCACCUUGUUCUAGUCAUUCUCGUCUCAAUUAGUUCUCAACUGCUGCCGGUACCGGCUAACCAGUUUCUCGGCUGGCCUUUAGUAUUCAAUAGUUUUAUUUUACUUGUUCGCCAUGUCUCGCAAACCACCGCCACCAAAGCCCAAGCACAGAGGAUCCGUGGAAGCCGUCUAUCGUGCUUCGUAUGCUUACCAAGCACAACGGCCCGAUGAGCUGUCGUUCGAUGAGGGUGACAUCCUUUACGUUCUGGAGAAGGGUGCCGAUGGAUGGUGGAAGGCGAAAGUUGGCGGCAAGGAAGGAUUUAUCCCCCACAACUAUGUCUCAGAAAGUGCCGAGACAAUCGACAAUCCAAUGCACGAAGCCGCAAAGCGUGCCAAUUUCCAAUUUGUGAAGGAGUGCAUCUCCAACUCCGUGUCCGUGAAUGGCCUGGACAAGGCUGGCUCGACGCCGCUUCACUGGGCUGCACAGUGCGGCUCUGAGGAGAUUGUCUCGCUGCUUCUUGGUCAGUCUGGAAUUCAGAUCAAUGUACAGAAUAAACUAGGAGAUACACCGAUGCAUGCUGCAGCAUGGAAAGGCCAUCCAGGUGCCUUGAAGCUGCUCCUUGAUGCUGGUGCUACUAAGACCCUGAAGAACCAGGAGAAGAAAACACCACUGAUGCUUGCUCGCAAUCCCGAGUGUGCCGCUCUCCUGCAGGAUGCACCGAAAGUGUCAAGCCUCCUUGCUGCUGACGACGACGACUCGGACUAGAGCGUUGGGGCGUGGCAUCCGCUUUUAUUUCGAUGCAGUUUGUGUGUGUGUGGUGUGCACCUCGCGCGUGCACUGUCUGAGGUGCUCGUCUUCUCCCCAGCCGGACGUGUUGCUAUGCGCUAACGCUCGUCGCUUAGCGCUAAUAAUGUCCAUGAGCGACAUUAGACAUAGGCCUAUCGCGGGGCCCGAUCCGCCACUUCCCGUACUAACCAGCGUUUCUCUAUUUCCUUUAUGAUCGACGUGCAUGCGUGUUUCCCUUGUUUUUGUUUUAUAAGCCUGGUGUGUUGAGCAAGGCUGUGUCUGGCCAUUCCUUCUUCCUGUCUGGUUUGGAUGCCAAGUUGUCAAUGUGUGUCCGUGAGUACGCCAGAUUUCACGACGCAAAGAGCCUGGUAUUCCUGCCUUGGACGUCAUCCAUCCAUAUGUACUCACUUGCUUUCUCCUCCCAGUUAACUCUUGUUUUACCGCCCGUCACGAUUCCGAUCCUGCGCACGAGCCACUUGCAUUUCUCUGUCUCUCUCUCUCUCUCUCUCUCUCUCUCUCUCUCUCUCUCUCUCUCUCUCUCUCUCUCUCCUGUUCGUGUUUAUGCUUGGGGUUCCAUUGCCGGGCACACCUCUGCUCUAAUAUACCUCAUUAUUUGUCGGAGUUUGUUCUUUGUGGAGCGUGCUGUUGUUCGUUUUACGCUUCGCUGCUCUACUGCUUCUGACUCUCCGGUAAAGAUUGACUUGAUUAUUUUUUUCUGAUUUCAGAGUGGGUCUUUUUUCAGCCACUCUCUACGUUUACGUUUGAUAGUAGAUAAGGGUUGAUUGUUGUAAUACCUGCCUCUCUCGUUAGACACGCAUCCGAUACAAUACCACCAUGUAACUCUCACUCUAGCUUGAUAAUUUGCGUUAUAUGCACGCCAUUGGAACUUUCA